AACAUGAAUGGCCUGGGGGUGGCCUCCUGGAGUCUGACCGACAACUCCUCCCUGGCCGAGGCCAAGCAAUGCGGGCAGGAGACACCGCUGGAGAACAUGCUGUUUGCUUGCUUCUACCUCCUGGAUUUCAUCUUAGCUUUUGUGGGCAAUGCCCUGGCCUUAUGGCUGUUCAUCCGGGACCGCAAGUCCGGCACCCCAGCCAAUGUGUUCCUGAUGCACUUGGCUGUGGCCGACUUGUCCUGCGUGCUGGUCCUGCCCACCCGCCUGGUGUACCACUUCUCCGGGAACCACUGGCCAUUUGGAGAAAUCCCGUGCCGACUCACUGGCUUCCUCUUCUACCUCAACAUGUACGCCAGCAUCUACUUCCUCACCUGCAUCAGUGCUGACCGCUUCCUAGCCAUUGUGCACCCAGUCAAGUCCCUCAAGCUGCGCAGGCCCCUCUAUGCCCACUUGGCCUGUGCCUUCCUGUGGGUGGUGGUGGCCGUGGCCAUGGCCCCACUACUGGGAAGCCCCCAGACGGUGCAGACCAACCACACGGUAGUGUGCCUGCAGCUGUACCGGGAGAAGGCCUCGCAGCAUGCCCUGGCAUCAUUGGCUGUGGCUUUUACCUUCCCUUUUGUCACGACAGUCACCUGCUACCUGCUGAUCAUCCGUAGCCUGCGGCAGGGGCCUCGUGUAGAGAAGCGCCUCAAGAACAAAGCUGUGCGCAUGAUCGCCAUUGUUCUGGCCAUCUUCCUAAUCUGUUUUGUGCCCUACCACAUCCACCGCUCCAUCUAUGUGCUGCAUUACCAAGGCAGCAGGGCCUCCUGCACUGCCCAGCGCCUCCUGGCCCUCGGAAACCGCAUCACCUCUUGCCUCACCAGCCUCAAUGGGGCCCUUGACCCCAUCAUGUACUUCUUUGUGGCUGAGAAGUUCCGCCAUGCACUGUGCAACUUGCUCUGUGGCAAGAAGCUCACAGGCCCACCCCCCAGCUUUGAAGGGAAAACCAACGAGAGCUCACUGAGCGCCAGGUCAGAGCUGUGA